AUGUCCUCUGUCGGCAGCCCGGCUGGAAAAGUACGACUCAAUGUAGUCGCACUGAUUGGCGAUGCUACGAUCGGAAAGUUUUUGGUCAGCAUCGAUGGAGAUGCGCUGGUCGAAGAUCUCGCUUCGCAAGUUCGGGCGGCACUGGCAAGGGCGAAGGUAGAAGGGCAGCUGCUUAGGCUGACCAACACCAAGCAGGCCCAGCUCCCUGGUGACGAGCGUGUAGGAGACGCUUUGCGCGACUAUGAGGAGGUCCUAGCUGUGCUAGUCCAAGAACCGGAAGACCCAGCUGCAAGGCUACAGCUCUCUCAUGGCCUUGGAGAUGAUCUGAGCUUCACUAGAACAACAAAGCAAAUUCCGGCCUUUGCCAAGGCUGAUGCUCCCACGCAGCGUGCGGUAGAUCGUUUGGAGGAUCUCAGAAGAACAGACUGCCUUGCACCCGUGAGUGUCAUGUCCAGCUUCGGCUUCAAAGAGAGCCCUCCAGGACCACAAGAAAUCUUCCAGGAGGAUCUGCAACCUCGACAGGCUCGAGAAGCUCCGCGCAAGGAGAGCCUCAGCAGGCCGUGUGGUGACUGGGAGGUAGAGCAGCUGACACCCAAGCUACGUGAAUACAUCACAACGCGAUUCAGAGAGAUGCACGAGAUGCCUGCAGAUCCAGGGCAUUCAUACAUCACUGUGUCCCUUCGGCCGCUAGAGCGGCCAGGAUCUGUGGUGUCGCCACUCCCAAUUUUCUUUAGUAUCGCUCGGGUGGACAUCAUUGAGUUCGAGCGGCUCUGCGGACGAAAAGUGCAGGAGAUCCGUGCUCGUCUGGACUUUUUUCGAAGAUGCUUGGAGGCCUUGUACUCUCUGCUCGAGCGAGGAGCUGGUCGGGAGGACUAUGCACCCAACAUGCUUCCGUACAGCUACAAGCCUGAGAAGGAAUUUGGUAGCUUGCUAAAUGAAGUCGACGAGAGCAGCUUUGGCCAGGUGGAAGGCUUCCGGCCCCUACUUGUCAUAGACAUGGCCGGUGGCGUAGGGCAGAACUCUGUUUUCAUCAAAGCCGCAGUCAAGAGGCUAAUGUAUUCCUUUUUGGUUGCAAAAAGCAGGUUCAACAUCAUUUCCUUUUACCGAGGAAAGGUCGUGGCAUGGGAGGACCAUUUAGUGCCGCCUGCGGCGCAGAAGCUUCGAGAGGCGGAACAGUUCGUGGACAAGCUGCGGCCAGCCAAAAGAACAGAUAUUUUGCAGGCACUUUGCUGGGCACUUGACAGCGAUGCAGACUCGAUCUACUUAUUGACGUCUGGUCUCCCCAAGUUUGCUGACACAGACUAUUGUCGUGCAGAAGUCCGCUCGCAAAACAAGCGACAGCUGCCAAUUCAUGUCGUUGGCGUAGAGUGUGAGGCUCAGGCUGAAGUUGAAUUGAGACGACUCGCAGAGGAGAACCGCGGCUCAUUUCGCCACAAGACUUUCCAUACAAAGAUGUGCACAGAGGACGGUGUGGAGAUGUUGAAUCCAGGGCGAUCCAUUCCUCCACGUCAGCGUCUCUCUGACAAUAAGUUGUCUAUUGGUGGGCAAAUUGAGAUAUUGGAGGUCAUGAUCAAGGAGCAAGAAAUCCAGACAACAGAUUGGUUGGAAGAGCAAACAUGCGCCAACCGAAUCCUAUUGACCACAGCAAGUCAACAUCCUGUGCCCAAUGAAGAUCAGGCUCGAUAUGUGGCAGGGCGUUCGGUAGUCAGCCAACUCUGCAACGGUGCUCCAGUCCCGUUGCGUGAGCUCCUUCAGAUGCCUUUGGUUCCAAAAGGGGAAACGCAACCUCCUGGAGCUCCAAUGCUCCCGAAGGCAUCUCGGAAGUGGAGGGAAGGUCUCGUGGCGCAUGACAUGCGACGCCCCUCCGUUCACAAUCCUGGGGACCGGCCAAGUGGAAUUGUCAAGACAUCUCAGGCAGGGAUUCACAAUGAUUCAUUUGUGGAUAUUUGUGGUACUGCUGACUUGAAGUCUUGUCAGUCUUGCGCUGCCCUGCAGGUGGCUUCAAAGGGCAAAGCCAUCCAUGCCAGAGCAAUUUGCAACACGAUGGGCAGAGUUCAUGAGAUCAUCGUUGAGAACUUCAAGUCCUACCAGGGCAAGGUGAAGAUUGGGCCCUUCAGGAAGUUUACUUGCAUCAUCGGACCGAAUGGAGCGGGCAAGUCAAACCUCAUGGAUGCCAUCAGCUUUGUACUUGGUGUACAGGCGAGGCAACUGCGAGGGGAGCGUGCGCGAGAUUUGGUGUAUUGCACAGAGAAGGAGGAUCCAAAGAAGAACCAGCGCACUGCAUAUGUCGAGCUCACUUAUGUGGAUGACCAAGUUGAAAGUGCCGGUGAGCAAGUGCUCGUAUUUCGACGCACCAUCACUCGCACGGGUGAAGCAAAGUUCCAGGUUAACAGCGCAACGGUCUCCCAAGCAGACUACCAAAAGCGCCUCGAGAGCAUCAACAUUCUGUCUAAGGUGAGAAACUUCCUGGUGUUCCAAGGAGAUGUGGAAGCGACAGCACAAAGACAGGGCAAGGAGCUCACUGCAUUCUUUGAGCAAAUCUCUGGAUCCGACGCGUUUCGUCAGGAGUACGACCGCUUGGCCACUGACAAGACAAAGCUCGAAGAGCAAGCAAGGUAUCUCUUUACAAAGAAACGCAAUGCCAUCAAUGAGCGCAAGAGAGUCUCUCAGCAAAAGGAUGAGGCUGAUGAGUACCGGCAGCUCAAGAGUGUUCAACAAGACCUUCAGCGGGAGUACUUUCUUUUUCGCCUGCACGGUGUAAGCUGUCAGCUCGAGAAGUCCAAGAAUACUCGUGAGGCAGCCAUUGAGGAAAAGGAGGCUGUGAAAGAGCAAAUGGAAUCUGAGAAGAAGAAUUUGGAGGCAGCAGAUCAAGCAAGGGCAAAAGCUCGCCUGGACACCCAACAGGUUGAAAAGCAGAUAGUAGCAGUCAAGGCAAAGCUGGAGCGUCUUCACCCUGAGCGAGUCACUGUGAAAAGCCGGCUUGCAUUUCUGGCAAACAGGCUGGAGGAGCUGUCUGAUUCUGCAGAGAAGGAUGGCCAAAGGCGCAGCAAGUUGCAAGAGCAGCUUAGAGCCAUUAGAGAGGAAGAAGCGAAGCUAGAGUCUCAACAAGAAGAACUGAAGAAAGGGUUGGCAGAUCGAGCACUCGUCUUCACUCCAGACCAGCUGGAGGAGUUUGACCGUGUGAAGCGCGAAACUGAAAAAGCAACCGCUGCGAGUGGGGACGCUUUGCGCCAGCUUGAACACCAACUGAAGGUUGUCCGCCAAGAACGUGUGCAAGCAGAAGGUGACCAGCGAGAUGCCACCGCACGGCAGAGCCAUCUCAAUCAGCGCUUGCAAGAGCUCAACGAGGCCGAGACUGCAGCCUGUGCUGCUAUGGAGAGCAGUGCGGCCUUGAUGGACCAGCGUUCACAACAGCUGGUGCAGAUGCACGAGUCACUGAAGAGCCGAAGUGGUGAGAAAGAGGAAUUGCAGAAGGAACGGAACUCCCUUCUCGAUUUCAUCCAAGACUUCACUGCUACAGAGCAGCAGCUAGAAAGAGAGCGCGAACUUGGUCAGAUUUGCGCAAGUUUGGCGGAAGCUUGCCCUGGUGUCUUUGGCCGGGUGGUUGACCUUUGUAAGCCCUCACAGAAACGCUUGCACGUGGCCGUGAAUGUGGCAAUGGCAAAGUUCCUUGAUGCGAUCAUCGUGGAAUCAAGUGAAGCAGCUCGGGCCUGUGUGCGCUACCUCAAGGAGAGAAUGUUGCCUCCGAUGACCUUCUUACCAAUGGCAGAUCUGCGAGUUACAGAUCUUGACCCGCGACUACAGAAUCUGGUCCAAAGCCAACGAGGACUUCGUUUGGGCCUCAAUUGUGUCUCCUUCGACGAGAAGUACUCGAGGGCCUUCAAUUUCGUCCUUGGAGAUGUUGUUGUGGCAGACACGAUGGCGGAUGGGCGGCGCCUGGCCUUUGGAGAUUCUCGCAAGCUGGGAGUCACCUGCAAGGUGGUGACACUCGCCGGAGAGGCAAUCGCAAAGAAUGGCAACUUAUCGGUCAAUUCUGAAGCUACUCAAGCAGGGGCAACCCGCUUUGACGUCUCCGAGCUGGAGGCAACGAAGGCUCGUAUGGAGAGCAUUGACCGGCGAAUGCAUCAGAUUCACUCACAGGAAUCUGCUGGAGGAGCUGAUGUGGCAGCUUUGGAGCUCGACAUGAGGCGGGUUGAAGGAAAAGCACAGGAAGCUGCGAUGCGCCUGCAGCAGUGCCAAGAAGAGCUGCGACAAAAACGUGCAGAGCUGCAGUCUGUUGAGGCUACAGUGGCAGCCGUGCAACCAGAAGCGCAACGCUUGGCCUUGGAAGAGGCUCGUUUGCGAGAGGAACAGCGCUCCAUUGAGGCCAGAGUCAGCGAAGCAGUGGCUGGACACUUUGCCCAUUUGAGUGCUGCAAUGGGUGUUGAUGAUGUCAGAAAGAUGGAGCGUGAGUUCCGUCGAGAGAAAGAAGCAGUGGAUCAGCAAACCGCUCAGCUCGCCAGAAGGCUUCGAAAUGUCAAGGCUGAGAUCUCCAUGCUGGAACAGACCCUCGAAGAGCGAAGGACCAAAGACCCUAAAGAGCUGGAAGCAAAGUUCUCUGAAGAGGCCGCUGAGCUCCGCACCAAGGAGACCAAGUUGGCACGUGAGGCAAAGUCCUUGGAGAAGAAGGUCUCGGAACAGGAGCAGCAACUUUCUAGGAGUCACGAAGCCGAGCGGGAUAACGACAAGGUUUUGUCAGCUCUCCGUCAGCAGCAAAAAGAGAGACGGCAGCAACUCAUGGCAGCGGAGAAGAAGGUGAGUGACUUGGGGUCUGAACAGCAGGCUUUGUUGAGCAACCAAUCAACCAUUUUGCGGCAAAGCUUAUUGGAGGGCAUUGAGGUGCCGCUGCUCCGUGGCGGACCGGAGGCACUGCAAGAGCUUGCGGAGGAAACGCAGCCUGCUUCGGCGCCAACACAACGCUCGCCUGUUGAUACCAGCAGUAUUCUGGUGGAUUUCUCUUUGUUGGCGGAGGAGAAACAAGCUGCUUCCCAUGGUGCUGCAGCGCAAAUGCUGGAGGCGGAAUACAAAGCAGAGUUGGAGCGGCUGCGAGCGGAGCUUGAGCGUCUCAGCCCGAACCUCAAAGCCGUCGACCAGCUACAAGGUGUGGCCGAAAACCUUCAGGCUGCUUCCCAUGAAGCUGAUGCUGCUCGCAAAAGCAUCGAAGAAAUUGAGGGCAAAUUCGAGACUGUCCGAAAGGCUCGGAAGGAGAAAUUCAUUGAGUGCUUUCAGAAGGUCUCGGCAGCCAUUGGACCUGUGUACCGACGUCUCACUGCUCAGAAUGGCGCAGAUGGUGGCUCUGCAUACCUUGAUUUGGAGGAUGCAGAAGAUCCCUUCAAUGGAGGAAUUAAGUUCACAGCUAUGCCUCCAGCGAAGCGCUUCCGUGACAUGCACCUUCUGUCUGGGGGUGAGAAGACCUUGGCGGCCAUGGCGUUGCUCUUUGCUGUCCAAGCCUUUCAGCAGCCACCCUUUAUGGUUUUGGAUGAGGUUGAUGCGGCGCUUGAUGCCAACAAUGUUCGAACGUUGUCAAAGUAUGUGGAGCAGGCUGGAUGCCAGACCAUUGUGAUUUCCCUAAAGGAUCGUUUCUUCAUUCGAGCCGAAGCACUUGUCGGGGUGUGGAAGAACAAGCUGCAGGAGACUUCCGCAAUCCUGACAUUGGAUCUGACGAGGUACAUUGAGUCGGCCUGA